GCUGGCGGCGCCGCGGCCGGGCCUAUAUAAGGGUGCGCGGCGUACCGGGGCGCACUCGCCAGCCUUGGGCUCGCCAGGCUGCUCCUGCUUCUCCGUCUCCGCCGCUUCUGCGCCGCUCGCUACUCUCGUGGAUAACUAGCUGCUGGCUCUCCGAACCAUGACUCUGGAGGAAAUCCGCGGCCAAGACACGGUUCCCGAAAGCACCGCCAGGAUGCAGGGCGCCGGGAAAGCGUUGCACGAGCUGCUGCUGUCGGCGCAGCGCCAGGGCUGCCUCACCGCCGGCGUCUAUGAGUCCGCCAAAGUCCUGAAUGUGGACCCCGACAACGUGACCUUCUGCGUGCUGGCCGCCGACGCGGAGGACGAGGGCGACAUCGCGCUGCAGAUCCACUUUACGCUGAUCCAGGCGUUCUGCUGCGAGAACGACAUAGACAUCGUGCGCGUGGGCGACGUGCAGCGGCUGGCGGCGAUCGUGGGUGCCGGCGACGAGGCGGCCGCGCCGGGAGACCUGCACUGCAUCCUCAUUUCGAACCCCAAUGAGGACGCGUGGAAGGACCCCGCCUUGGAGAAGCUCAGCGUGUUCUGCGAGGAGAGCCGCAGCGUCAACGACUGGGUGCCCAGUAUCACCCUCCCCGAGUGACAGCCCGGAGGGGGCCUUGGUCUGAUCGACAUGGUGACGCCCCGGGGCGCCUAGCGCGCGGCUGGCUCUGUGGAUGCGCCCUCGGAGGGCGCGGGACCGGAGUGCUGCGUGGGGAGCAGCGAGGAGGGGCGGCCCCCUGCAGGAGGGGCCGGGCGGCGGCGGCGGCGGCGGCGGCGGCAGGGGCGGGCUGGCCCCCAGCCCGGGACUCUGCGAGUGUGGGGAGCGGCUGCUUGCCCGGGAAGGCCGGAGGCGUGCCGUGGGCCACGGGGCCGGGAAGGACGGACCGGCAGGGCAGGCGUGACUCAGCAGCCUGCGCUCUCGACAGGAAGGAGGGGAGAGGCCAGGCGGGCGAGGCCUGGACUCGGACAGUUAACAGGAGCUCUGAUGGACUGAGCAGCCUGCACCGCUGUUUCAAAGCGGACGGGGUCGAUGCUCCGGUUUCCAAAGGAUUAUGCUGCUGCAGCUUUGAGUAUUUUUUUUUACAAUAAACUUACUGAAACAGA